AUGGUCCGUCAUAAGAAAGACAAUUUCUCUCGAGGAGGCAAGAAAUCCUCUCACCCCCGCUCGCGACCGGUGCCCCGCGAUGAUGGAGAUGAGGCUGGCGGCGCAUCAUCGCGCCCUGCGUUUAAGGCUGCUUGCUGGGACAUGGGCCACUGCGACCCUAAACGGUGCUCUGGAAAGCGCCUGAUGAAGCUGGGACUAAUGCGAGAGCUCCAUAUUGGCCAGCGCUUCCCUGGUGUGAUCGUCUCGCCUAAUGCGAAGAAGGUUAUCUCACCAGCGGACAAAGAGCUUAUGGAACAACACGGUGCAGCGGUCGUGGAAUGUUCCUGGGUACGAGUCAAGGAAGUGCCUUGGUCGCGGAUCGGAGGAAAAUGCGAACGACUUUUGCCCUAUCUCAUCGCUGCUAAUACAGUUAACUACGGCAAACCAUGGCGGUUGAACUGUGUCGAAGCGCUCGCGGCCUGCUUCUGCAUCUGCGGACACCAGGAAUGGGCGGAACAGAUCCUGAAGAAUUUCAGAUACGGAGAGGCCUUUUUGGAAAUCAAUUCCGAAUUAUUCAAGCUCUAUGCUGCUUGCAGUACCGAAGAGGACAUCAAGAGGACCGAAGAGGAGUGGUUGGCCAAGAUUGAAAAAGAGUACGAGGAUAGUCGGGUGGAGGGAGAGGAUAUCUGGACUGUCGGAAACACCAAUCGCUUGCCGGCAAACGGAGGCUCGGAUGAUGAUGAAGACGACGAUGAUGAGAGUGGAGAAGAGGGCAGUGAUGCCGAGGAAGAAAGCGAGGAGGAGGAGGAUAAGGAUCCAUUUGCCAUCUCUGACGACUCCGAGGAUGAAGAACAGAUGGCGGAAAUUCGGCGCAAGAUCCUCGAGUCAAAAUCUUUCAAAAAUCCGUCAGUGUCGGACAAAGAACUUCCAGAGAAGAUCGCGAAGCCCGAGCCUGCGUACGUCGACUCUGAUGCCGAAUCUGGCUCGGCAGGGAGCGAGGACGGGGACUUUGACAACAUUAUCAACGCCACUACCGUUACAGACCGUACUGGUAUUCAAGAGAUCCAGCGCCGCAGAGGACAGGAAACUGUUAGUGCUUCAUUCUCUCGGGCUGAGAUCUCUGCGCCGAAGCGAUGGUGA